AUGGAGACACACGGAGAUAUCAAGUCUACUGCCGAUGCUGAGUCUGCGUCUAUUCGAGAUACUCCGACAAUGCCUACUACUGCACAGGCGAUGGAUCUAGAUAACCUCCCAGAUGGGUAUUAUCGGAGCAAAAACUUCAUCGGCUCGCUGCUUGCAGUCUGCCUCAUGGCAGAUAGUUUGUACCUCGGCUACGUUCUGCCGGUCAACAGCUUGACCAAAAUCAAUUCUGAUCUAGGCCCAAACCCGAAUUACAGCAUGAUUUCAACUGUUUCCACUCUUCUCGCAGGUGUUGGUAUCCUUCCAGUUGGACGUCUAGGUGAUAUCUUCGGUCGCAGAUAUUUCCUGAUCGGUGGUCAAUUACUAGCUCUUAUUGGGGCUAUAGUUUGCUGCACGGCAAAGGAUAUUCCUACAGUGAUCGGCGGCAGUGUGUUUAUCGGUUUGGCUGCCUCUGUUCAACUGACCUUCACCUUUGUGAUUGCCGAGUUGGUCCCCAACAAGUAUCGCCCACUCGUGAAUGCUGGAAUUUUUGUUAUUACCCUUCCAUUUGGUGCAUUUGGUGGAUUGAUCGCUCAGCUGUUGAUCGCGAAUACCGCUCAGGGGUGGCGAUGGGACUAUUACCUGAGCAUAAUCGUUUGUGGGCUGUCUCUCAUACUCUUUGUUUUCUGCUAUUUCCCUCCAGGCUGGGAGGUAAAGUCUCAGGGACGGAAAACUCGUUUGGAUGGACUGAAGACAUUCGAUUAUAUUGGUUUCAUCCUAUAUGCUGGGGGUCUCGUGCUGGUCUUGCUGGGCCUUUCCUGGGGAGGCAGCUCGUACGCGUGGAGCUCAGCCCACGUGGUUGGUGUCCUUGUCGUGGGGUUCGCCUCGCUGGUUAUUUUCGUGAUUUAUGAAAUUUUUGUUCCCUCGCAGCCAUUGCUCCCAAUGUCAUUGCUCAAGAACCGUGGAUACAGUGCGACCGUUUGUUCUGCGCUCGUCGGUAACAUGGUCUACUUCUCCAUGAGUCUCCUCUGGCCAGAAGCCAUCGCAGCUCUGUUCACGACUGAUCCAAUCCCCGCUGGCUGGAUUUCGAUCUCUACCGGUACUGGUGUCAUCGUUGGCGAGAUUGUUGGCGGUGCACUCAUGAAGUCAUUGGGGCACAGCAAGAUCCAGCUCAUCGUAUGCACGGUUUUUAUCACGGCCUUUUCUGGAGCCUUAGCUUCUCUGAACCAGCACCGAGAGGCCUAUGGCAUCGCAUUCACGGCAAUUGGUGGUUUCGCUGUCGGCUAUCUGGAACUCAUCACGCUUAUCAUGUGCCCGUUGUAUUGCAAGCCCAAAGAUAUUGGUCUAGCUAGCGGCUUCCUUGGCUCCGCUAAGCAAGUCAUGGGAACGAUUGCCACUGCUAUCUAUAUUUCAAUCCUCGACAACCGUGUCGCGGCUACUUUGCCAUCCGAGGUCUCCGAGGCCGCACUGAAUGCCGGCCUUCCCAAGUCCUCUCUGGCGGCGGUUCUUGAAUCCGUCUCCGAAAGCACUAGUAUGACAAAGAUCCCUGGAAUUACCGAGAAAAUCAUUCUCGCCGUCACCGACGCUGUGAAAACUGCCUACUCGGAGUCAUUUAGUACGGUCUUCCUCGUCAGCAUUACGUUCGGCGGUCUCUCCAUCAUUGCUGCUCUGGCUUCUGUUUCGGUUGAUGAUAAGCUCGAUAAUGUCAUCGCUGCUAAGCUUUCGGGCGCUGGUGCAAGCCAAGAGGAGGUUUACCACGAGGAGAAGAAUUGA